UGGCUCCGCAGGAAGUGCACAAGAGACACCCCGGCGGCUUUCGAGAGAACAGCUUUUUGUACUGAUAUCCACAGCCUCCCUUAACUUGGGUUCCAUGAUGUUCUAUUCUAUCCUUGGACCCUUUUUCCCAAAGGAGGCUGAAAACAAAGGAGUCAGCAAUACAGUUAUCGGUAUGAUCUUUGGAUGUUAUGCUUUGUUUGAUUUGGUGGCAUCUUUGGUGUUUGGAAAAUAUCUUGUACAUAUUGGAGCAAAAUUUAUGUUUGUAGCAGGAAUGUUUGUCUCAGGAGGAGUUACAAUUCUCUUUGGUGUGUUGGACCAGGUUCCGGAAGGACCAAUGUUUAUUGCUAUGUGUUUUCUAGUGAGAGUUGCAGAUGCAGUAAGCUUUUCUGCAGCGGUAACUGCGUCAUCCUCUGUCCUCGCAAAGGCCUUUCCAAAUAAUGUGGCUACCGUAAUGGGAAGUCUUGAGAUUUUCUCUGGACUGGGACUUGUGCUGGGGCCUCCGUUAGGUGGCUUCCUGUAUCAAUCCUUUGGCUACCAGAUGCCUUUUAUUUUUCUGGGAUGCAUACUUCUGCUGAUGGUUCCACUCAACAUGUGUAUUUUACCUAAUUAUGAGUCUGAUCCAGGUGAGCACUCGUUCUGGAAGCUCAUCACUUUACCCAAGGUCACCCUCAUAGCCUUUGUCAUCAACUCGCUCAGCUCGUGUUUCGGCUUCCUUGAUCCUACUCUGUCUCUCUUUGUCUUGGAGAAGUUUAAUUUGCCGGCUGGAUAUGUGGGACUGGUUUUCCUGGGUUUGGCACUCUCCUACACCAUUUCUUCACCGCUCUUUGGUCUACUAAGUGAUAAAAUGCCACACCUAAGGAAAUGGCUUCUGGUUUUUGGAAACUUAAUCACAGCAGGAUGCUACAUGCUCUUAGGACCUGUCCCAGUCUUACACAUUAAAAGUCAGCUCUGGCUGCUGGUGCUGAUACUGGUCAUCAACGGCAUCUCUACUGGAAUGAGUGUAAUUCCCACUUUUCCAGAGAUUCUCGGUUGUGCAUAUGAAAAUGGAUUUGAAGAAGGAUUGAGCACACUGGGACUCGUGUCUGGUCUCAUCAAUGCAAUGUGGUCAGUUGGUGCUUUUAUAGGACCGACGCUGGGUGGAUUUCUGUAUGAGAAAAUUGGUUUUGAAUGGGCAGCUGCUGUCCAGGGUCUGUGGGCUCUGACAAGUGGACUGGCGAUGGGCUUGUUUUACCUCCUGGAGCCCUCGAGGAGGAAGAGAUCUAAACUUCAAAAUAUCCUCAGCACAGAGGAGGAACGAACUGCUCUCUUGCCUGAUGAAAUCCAGCCUUAAGAAUCCGGAUUGAUUCAGGGUUGGGAGAUGGAUGCUCCUGGCCUGAACAUCAAAGGUGGAAGGGUUUUCUUCAUUUUACGCGCAAAACUCCAGGGACCCCGUACCAGGAUCCUGGACGUGUUAACGCAUUUUUGGAUGAUCCUGUGUCGGGCUGCACUUACUGUUGUCCUGAAAUGCUGGCUUGCUGAACCAGCCAUAUUUGAAACAUGGAGUAUGAGAACAGUGCUUGACAAUCAGCAAAAGUUUAUGUCUUUAAGUGGCCAGACUUGUCAUUGAGGAUGUUCAGUUCCUCUCUUUACUUCAAUUCCUCUCUUUACUUUUUAUUCUAAGUGCACUGAUUAUGUGAAUGUACCUUUUCUUACUAACAGGGAAAGAAACGAAUAGAUUUGAUAUGCUUAAAAAUAGCAUAAAGAUGACUCAGAAUAUACAGAAUAAUCGCUGUGAAAUCAGUUUUUAAAAGACAUGCUUUCUCUGUGUCCUGGGAUUUGUAUUCUUGUUCAAAAGACAAAAUUCCAGCCUACCAGGCAAAAACUAUCGCAUUCCUUUCCCCUCAGCUCUUCUAAAAAUUUUGUUUGUGUGAAAGGGAAAAGAAUAACAUUUCUUAACACUUCCAUUUUUGUAAUAUCCUUUGAAUUGUGAUCUGAAUUUAUAAACAAUGCGUGGUAUAACCU